AAGAAUUUGUUCUUAAUCGGACCUGGUUUCAUUGGAGGUUCUCUCCUUGUCAGAUUGAAGGAAACUCGACCAGAUUUAAAUUUACGAGCCUUAACACGCAGAGAAGAACAAGCAAAAGAACUCCGUAGUCUGGGUAUCGAGCCAAUUUUGGGUGAAUUAAACGAUGCUGCAACGAUCAAGAAAGCCGUUCAAGAAUCAGAUAUUGUGAUUCAUACAGCUACAGCAGAUGAUGCUCCAAGUGCAUUCGCAGUAGUUGACGGAAUCAAAGAACGUAAAGAUAAAAACAAGAAGAUCAUUUACAUUCAAACAUCUGGAAAUGAUGAACUUACUUGGUCGGCAAAAUCAUUAGCCGGUACUUCAAUCGAAGAAAGAACACUUUCCGAUGCAGAAGGAGAUGAAACGUUGGAAAACGGUAGAAUUCAACCAGAUGCUUAUCAUCGUCAUGUAGACGGACCUUUACGUGAAAAACUUUUCAACGAUGAAGCUGAGAAAGAGUUCAAUGCAAGCACGACUAUCAUGAUGCCACCUUUGAUUUACGGAAUCGGUAGUGAACCUUGGAAGCGAAUCAGUAUUCAAAUUCCAAUGUUGACCACUACCAUGUUAAAGAAAGGUUUAUUCACUUUGCCAGAAGGCUUCAAAGGUGCAUGGAAUGGUGUUUGGGUUCAUGAUCUCGUAGAAGCAUAUUUGGUCUUACUCAAAGAACUUGAAGCACAUACGCCAGGU